CACUUCCACUUCUCCCCCUGAACAAAGCAAAAGGCUCGGUGACCACAUGCGCUAGCAGCCUCGCCUCCUUGUCGAAGCCAUGAACAUCUCCUCUUCCAUCUUCCUCCCUCUACGCUGGCCGACCACAGCCAACCUGGCCGGCGCCGCCUCCGCCGCCCGCUUAACCGAUGCCUUCCUCCGCCCAACCAUUCCCACCACCCUCUUCCUCAUCCUCGCCUCCUUCCUCUUCUUCCUCAUCGAGUCCCGCCGAAAACAGUCCUCCAAGUUAGGCCACGUCUCCCUCCCUCCCGGCCCUUCUCCCUGGCCUAUUGUGGGCAACCUGCCCGAGUUGUGGAUGAACAGACCGGCGUAUCGGUGGAUACUCGGCAUGAUGAAGGAGAUGGACACCAAGAUUGCAUGCAUUCGCCUCGGCAACGUCCACGUGAUCCCCGUGACGUGCCCCGAGAUCGGACGCGAGUUCCUCAAGAAGAACGACGCCGUCUUCGCUUCAAGGCCGCUCACGAUGGGCACCGAGUACUCCAGCCGGGGGUUUCUGUCCAUCGCCGUCGCCCCCUGGGGCGACCAGUGGAAGAAGAUGCGGAAGGUGGUCGCCUCCGAGGUGAUAAACCCCGCCAGGCUUCGAUGGAUGCAGAGCAAGCGCAUCGAGGAGGCCGAUAACCUCGUCUAUUACCUCUACAACCAGUGCCCUGGUGGUGCAACUCGACCUGCCCCCGCUGUUAUCGACGUCCGGAUGGCCGUCCGUCAGUACAGCGGCAACGUCAUCAGGAAGAUGAUGUUUGGUAAGAGGUACUUUGGCCAAGGGAGGGAAGACGGCGGCCCUGGCAAGGAGGAAGUAGAGCACGUAGAUGCACUGUUCAAUGUGUUGUCGUUGCUCUAUGCGUUCUGCGUUUCCGACUACAUGCCAUGCUUGAGACGGCUCGAUCUGGAUGGGCAUGAGAGAAUGAUGAAGAAGGCAAUCGAGAUUGUUAACAAGUACCAUGAGCCCGUAAUCGACGAGAGGAUCAAGAAAUGGAGAGGUGACAAUAACGGUACCAAGGAAGUGAAUGACCUGUUAGAUGUGUUGGUUUCUGUGAAGGAUGUAGACGGGAAGCCAUUGUUGAACUCAGAGGAGAUCAAGGCCCAAGCUUCGGAUCUGAUCUACGCUGCGGUGGACAACCCGUCAAACGCGAUCGAGUGGGCGAUGGCCGAGAUGCUGAACCGACCCGAGAUCCUGGAGAAGGCCACCGAGGAGUUGGAUCGGGUCGUGGGCAAGGACCGGUGGGUCCAGGAGUCCGACUUCCCCCACCUGAACUACGUCAAGUCCAUCGCCCGCGAGGCCUUCCGUCUCCACCCCAUCGCCCCCUUCAACCUCCCCCACGUCUCCUCCGACGACGCCACCGUCGCCGGCUACUUCAUCCCCAAGGGCUCCCACGUCCUGCUCAGCCGCCUUGGCCUCGGCCGCAACCCCGACGUCUGGCCCAACCCCCUCCGCUUUGACCCCGACAGGCACCUCUCCGCCGAGGUCGACCUCGCCGAGCCGGACCUCAGGUUCAUCUCCUUCAGCACCGGCCGCCGCGGCUGCAUGGGCGUCGCCCUCGGCACCUCCAUGACCGUCAUGCUGCUCGCCAGGAUGCUGCAGGGCUUCGACUGGUCCUUGCCCGCCGGCGUCUCUGCCGUCGAGCUGCGCGAGUCGGCAACCGAUCUCGGCCUCUUCGCGCCGCUUAUGGCGGCAGCUCGGCCCCGCCUCCAGCCCCACCUCUAUAGGCAGAGUGCAUGAGAACCAGGCAGCAUUACUAUCUCUUUCUGGGGACUUUCUUCCUGUAGCUGAAGCUGACUAGUGG